GUGGAAGGUGGUCAUUUUACAAUUUCCCUUCGAAGCCCCCGAGCAACAUGUCCCCCUUCGUGCCUCCCGUCACAUCCACCCCAUCUCCCAGCAUCGACUCCAAGGCAUCCAUUCUCCUUACCUCUACCGCCGAACGCCGUGAGAUCGCUGCCUCCGUCGCCGAGACCACGUUUGUGAACUGCCACUUGGCUGCGCCGGCCGUCGAAGAGAACGACCGCAAGCCAGUCGACCUUGUGGUGGUCCUGGAUCGAUCUGGCAGUAUGCACGGCGACAAGCUAUCGCUGUGCAAGCGCACCAUGGACUUCCUCGCCCAGCAGCUCGCCCCACACGAUCGCGUGGCGCUCAUAUCGUACGACACGUACGUGACCACGGACCUCCAUUUGACCAAAAUGAACGCCGACGGCAAAGCCAAACUGGCCGCAAAAGUGGCGGCUAUUCAAGCCGGAAGUUGCACAAACUUGAGCGGCGGUCUCUUGGCUGGUGUCGACGAAAUCCAGCGGCCCACCCGGUUCGACAACGGCGAGCCGAACCCCGUGCAGUCCGUGCUUCUCUUGACCGAUGGUCAAGCCAACGAAGGCGUGACGAGUGCCGACGGGUUAGCCAAGUUGCUCGAUGGGCUGCUGGCACCGCAAGUGUCGUUGCACACCUUUGGCUACGGUUCAGACCACGACGCUUCGCUUCUGGGCCGACUGGCAGACAUUGGCCGCGGGUCAUACUACUUUGUCCAGAACGUGGACGGAGUGGCGUUGGCAUUUGCGAGUUGCUUGGGGGGUCUGCUGAGUGUCGUGGGUCAGAACAUCAAGGUCGAGGUUGUCGCAAGUCCUGGGGCGUUGAUCGCAUGCAUCAAGACCAAACGCCCGGUCACGACGAUCACUGACCAAGUGCACUUUGAAGUGGACAUGGGCGACAUGUUUGCCGAAGAAUCGCGCGAUUUGCUGGUCCAAGUGCAGCUGACGCCCCAAACGCCCGCCGAGAAGAUGGACCUGGUCGAGUUUCGAAUGCGCUACGUGAAUGUGCUGCAGUCGACGAUGGAAAAGGCCAGCACGACCGUGACCGUGGCUCGACCUGUGGCUGUAACCAACGACAACGUCGUGGACGAGUCUGUUGUGGCGCAAAAGCUGCGCGUGACUGCGGUGGAAGCUAUCGAAGCAGCGCAACAACAGGCGAAGAAGGGCAACUUGCGUGAAGGCCGCCAAGCGCUGCAGAAUGUGAUUACGUCGGUGAUGCAGGAUAUGGCUUCUUUCGGUGCCCCAGCAAAGGCACAAGCAGCGCACUUGCUCGCCGACUUAAACGAAUGCACGGCCAAUAUGCAAACGCAAACAACGUACCAGACCCGCGGCCACGGCCGUAUGCAGCAAAAGAUCCAAUCCCAUUGGAUGCAGCGCCAAAACAACAUUGAAGUCGAAGAAGAGAGCCUCGACAUGGAAUGUGCGGCGGGGACGUUUGGAAGUGACAAUGAAGAUGAGGAUAAAGAGAGUGGUGACGUUGAAGAGAGUGGCGAUGUGGACAUCGGCGACUUGUUCGCACAGAGGUCGCCGGCCCCAGCGCCUCGCGCCCGCAUGGCUAGGUCCUCGGCGGCCCCCCCUGCACCCCCCGCUCCUGGAGGAUACUCUCGCAUUGGAAACACCGUGCAGAUGAAAAUGAUGAAGAAAGCGUUCAAGGUGGCAAACAAGUAGUAGCGACGACGUGGAUAAUCCUACAUAACAUGCAAAUUGAAUCAAC